AUGCUUCGCGGAAAGGCUAUCAAAGGUGUCGCAGCCGGAAUUGGUCUAGCAUCCGAAAGUAUUACAGCAUACAAGGCCAACAGACGCGAGAAGAAGGCUCAAAGCUCUGAUGGAUCAGAGACCGAUAAUGCCAAUGUAACGACAACCGACGACGAAUUCGCUCGCCACGAAAGGGUAGUCGAGGAGCAACACGAAGAAGACUGGGAACUUGACGAAUUACAGGAGGAAUUAAAUAGCACUUCGGAGACAAACAAAGCCGCCACAAAUCAAACCCCAGAGCAACUGGCCGAGUCGUUUCUACAAGCCUAUCCACAGCCACCACCAUAUACGCCGACGUCCAACCCAAGACUCCCGUAUCCGGUGGUUCUUCCGCAGCGACGGCCUAAAUCGCGGAAGCGAGGGUUCAUCAGAGCGUAUGCACCUGCACUGGAAGACUUCGGCAUUGACCAAGCUAUGUUUCUUGAUUUCUUGGAAACGUCCAAUCGUGCCUGUCAGGCGACUCCGUGGUUACACGCCAUCAACCUGGCAGGAAUUGGCACUAUGUUUUUGCCUAGUGCGAUUGGAAUAGCGGUUAGUAUUGCAAUCCAGCUGACCACUGAUGUUGCGAUAGCAAUGGACGCAAGAAGAAAAACGAAUUCAUAUUUUGACAAGAUCAAUGAAGAGGUGUUCCGCCCUCGUGGUCUCUAUUGUCUCCUUAUGACAUGGAAGCCAGAGUCCUCGUCGACAGUCACCAGCUUUGAUCUGAACUCAACAGUUGUCACGUCACUUGACCGUGGUGGGUCAGGGACAUUCAAUAGGGUGAAACAUAUGUUCAAGUCCUCGCACGGCAACACUUACGGAGAUAUGCCAUUCCCAGAAACCGCCCCCCUCAUCUUCCCAGAUCUUGACGAGUUAGCCACACAGGGUGUUGAUGGCGUGGCCAAAAUAAAGAAUGCCAAGUCGUCACGCCGAGAAUUUGUAGCCGAUUAUCUUGAUCGGAGGUCACAGGCUCAAUUCGAAAUGGAACAUCCCGACAACUCUCUGAAUAAGGCACCAAAGCCCCAAUUCACUUCCCGCUACGCCGAUCCCAGUCACCCAGCGAGUAGUGGAUCGGCUCUUGGACUGAUCACUGGCGGAUAUAUUACCGGGGGCCAACUUAGAGACCUUCGGGGCGGUCAGCGACGAGACAGGUUAGGCCGAGGCCAGGAAUAUGAACCACGGGGUAUACGAGAGCGUCCCAUUGGGCCAGUGGGAGCUCUAGCGGCUACUGUACGCUCUAUUAGAGCUGGGCGCUCGUCGGCUGAGCCUCACCGAGAUCUUGGGGAAGGGCCACACGAUGAAGAAUAUCGCAGACGAUCUAGCGGGCGAGUGAGUUCCCGUAACCCACGUGAGCGGCUGCAAAACCGAGGGGGGCCCAUUGGCGGUAUCCAGAAAUUCCUGAAGAGUAACGUUCUGUACAUGAUGAUCGUCAACCUUCCGUCAGAAGAAGAGAUGGCGCAGGCCCGAGCCGCCUUGAGGUCGUAG